AUGAAAGGAAUCCGACGCUUUGGGAAGAAAGGUAAGCUAAGUCCUAGAUUUAUAGGACCUUUUGGAAUUCUUGAGAAGGUUGGACAGGUUGCUUACCGCUUAGCCUUACCUCCAUCAUUGUCAGCUGUGCAUAAUGUAUUCCAUGUCUCCAUGUUGAGGAAGUACGUUUCUAAUCCAAUGCAUAUCAUGAGUUAUGAGGCAUUGGAGUUACAAGCGGACCUGCCUUAUGAUGAACAACCAAUACAAAUUCUGGAUAGGAAAGAGAAGGUCCUUCAAAGCAAAACCAUAGCGUUGGUUAAAAUGCUUUGGAGGAAUAGUAAAGUAGAAGAUGCCACUUGGGAAUUGGAGUCUGACAUAAGGAUUCAAUAUCCAGAGUUAUCCAGGGCUGUUGUUGGUGAGGAGGAAGAAGACGAUGACGAUGGGGGUGUUCACAGGUCGACGCUGAUGAGGGUGAAGAACGAUGAUUCCCUGGUUCGCACCCCUGGUUCUCAAAAGGUGAUGAGGGAGAAGAAGUUGACCCCCUGA